CAUGACAAAAAUGAUAAUAAUAAUAUGAUUAUUAUAUGACAUCAUAAUAUAUGAUAAAUGAUAGUAAGAUAGUUACAUCAUAGUAGUCAUAGGGUAUACCAGUCAUACUCAUAGUUAUCAAGUUAUGAUAGUUAUCAUAGUACUCCUAGACCUAGUAGAUCUAUAAUUCUAUAGUAUAGAAGAUAAGAGUCUACAUCAGUAUCAGCACAUGCCCAAGUUGAAGUUGACAAUGGAAUCAUCGAACACUGAGUUCAAGUCAAGUGAAGAAAUUUCUAGAUCUACAGCUUCCAAUAGAAAAAUUGACAAGGAUCUUACACAAGAAUCUCUGAAAGUUAAAGAUGGCAAUCUAAUUCCAAGUUCAAGAAAAGUUGUGUAUUUACGAUUAUCACAAUUUCCUUCAAAAGCAAACUUGCACAAAAUGAUUCAAGAUGCAGAUCAAAAUGAAGCUUCCCUUAGAAAGUCACAGAAACUGUGUUCCAGGAAAAAGGGCAGCAAAUACCAGUUAGGUGACAUGUUCUGGGCCAAAAUUAGAGGUUAUCCUUUUUGGCCAUGCAUGAUUUCUAGAGAUCCAUUUAACAAUAUGCACACAAAAUCUAGGCACACAACAGAUGAAGAAAGAUCUUCUCAUGUUUUCCAUGUGCAGUUUUUUGGUCGUGGCUAUUACAGAAGUUGGGUCAAUGAAACUUCACUUUUAGAGUAUCAUGGAAGAGAACAUUUUUUUGAAAUGGCUAAAUAUGGCCCUGAAGAUAUUUUAAGGAAGUGCUGGAGGCCUUCUGACUAUAAGGUUAGUCCAGCCUGGUUUCCAUCUUGGCAUUUGGCAGUGAUUGAAGCAGAGAGAGCUUUCAAACUAUCAAUAGAAGAUAGAAGGGAGCAGUGCACCUUCCAGUAUAUGUACAGGAUUGGGCGGAAAGAAUACUCUGUCCAAAAAAUGGUGGAGAGAGUUCGUAGAAAACUUUUUGGUUUACCAGAAGAUGCCAGCUGCAUAGAUGAAGGCCAGCAGGUUACAGAGACUUCCAAGCAAGUCAGAAUCAAGAGAAAGAUCCCAAAAGGAAAUUUUGAUGUUUUUUAUGAGCGUCGUGCAAGAAUACUAGAAAACUUACACCCAGAUUGGAACAUGUUAACAGUGCUGAAACAUUUACAAGAGGAAUGGGCAGAACUGUCUGACACAGAGAAAUGCCUGUAUAAAGUUAGAUCAUCCAUUGCAUCUCAUGUGCACAAGUAUGUUACUGGUGGAAUUAAAAAACAUAAAGAAAAGGAGAUUACAGGACUUAGACAAAUUAAAAUCAAUCCUGACUCCUUGGAUCUUCAGCUUGUUCAACUAGUAAAUGUGUUGAGUGGCUUUGAAACAAAACAGGAAUGUAAAGUUUGUAGAAGAAAGGGAAGACAAUUACAGAUUUGUAAAGGUGCUUGUCACCAAUACAUUCAUUUAAGUUGUGGCAUUCUUAAAGAUACAGGAGUCACCUUUUGUUCAGAAUGUUCAGCAGUGGAAAAAGUUUGUUUUGCUUGCAAGAAUCCAGAUGGUACAACACUCAAGUGUAAUGAUAUCAAUUGUUGUAUGUAUUAUCAUGAAGAUUGUGCCACUAAGUAUCAACAAACUAAAGGUGCACUACCAGCAUUUGUCUGCCUCUUACAUAAGUGUUCAACUUGCUCUAUUGAUAAGGAAAAUAGUCCGUUGGUUCGGUGUAUCUUGUGCCCUACAGCAUAUCAUGCUAGUGAGUUGUGCAUUGCUGCAGGCAGUAUAAUGAAGACAUCAAACACCAUGGUGUGCAGUAAACACUACAAAUCUGUUCAGCAAAGACAUCAGCUGGAUAAAUUUAAUGCAAACAGAUGCUUGGACUGUCCUCAAGACAAAGUAGUCAACUGUUCCUUGUGUCCAGCUGCCUACUGUAGUGACUGUAUGGGAGAAGGUCAAGCCUUAGCUAAGACCAAAAAAAGUAAAAACACAUGGCUAUGUUCUGAUUGUAAAAUGGACAAGAGACCUCUGUAUGGAGACAUUGUUUGGGCAAAAGUGAAAUUUUUCAAAUGGUGGCCAGCUGAAGUUUGUCAUCCAAGUCGCAUUCCAGACAAGUUUCAAUUAAAGACUUGCCAAGCUGGCAGAUUUCCAAUCCGGUUUUUUGGUUCCUAUGAUUAUGCUUGGAUACACCAAGGGAGAAUGUUACCCUAUGGCAAAGUUAAGGAAGCAUUGGAUUGUGGCUACAACUCAGGUGACCUACAGUACAUCUACAGAAGAGCCAUUGCAGAAGCUGAAGUUGCUCAUCAGUAUUGUUUAACUUUUAGACAGUCUGGGGGCAAUGUAGAGGCAAGUUCUACUCCAGAUCUAGUGAAGCCUGAGAGUUCUCCUAACUCUUCUGUGCUGGAGGCUCAAACAGAGAAAAAGAAAUAAUAGAAAAAAUUACUGAUUCUGUAUAGUUUAUUUAUUUAGCUUCAUUAACAUUUUUACAACUCAUAAUCUUUUGAGUGAAACUCAAAGAAAAAGAAAAUAUUUGUUUUUGAUUAAAAAUGACUAGGUUUCUAGUUACAUGUUGUUAUUGACAGCAAUUACUAUUUAUCUAUAUUUAGAUGUAGUAAGGCUUAUGAUACAUGGAUCUGCUGAGUUUUUCUUAGCCUGUGUAAUUAUACAAAGCUUAGAUGUAGCAAGGACAAUAUUAUUAUUUCUAAUGUUCUUCUUCUACUUCAUAAUGUUGAGAUUUACAUUUGUCUUCUUUCAUCUUACAUACAAAGAUUAUAUUGCAAUCUUACUUUUGAUGUACACUAAAAGAUUGUUGAUUGGUAUUAAAAUGU